AUGCGUGUUACCUUCAUCCCCCCAUUGUUCCUCCAGCGGCGCGUCUGGAUCCUCGACAUCCUUCGCAAUGAGAAAGUUACCGAGGUCCUUGACGUCGGCUGCGGCGAAGGCUCCCUCCUCUCCACCCUCUGUCAGCCUGCACCCUGGCUCGAUCCCCCCGAUGCGCAAACGCGCGCUCAGCUUGACAUCGACCCCGCACUCGAGGCGAUCGACGUCGGCUGCGACGAGAUCUCCAACCUGCACAUCCGCAAGGUCACCGGCCUCGAUCUGUUCACGUCCACGCAAGAUCUCGACUUCGCGAAGCUGAGCAUCGCGCCGCCGCGCCAGGAAGAAGACCCGUACGGUUACAAUACGUGCGCCCGGUAUGAGAAUAUGGAGGCGCGACUGUAUCGAGGGGGCUUGGAGGUGGUGAACGAUGAGUUUGUGAAUGCGGAGUGCAUUGUGGCGACAGAAGUCAUCGAGCAUCUCGACGUCUCCAUCCUUCCCUUCUUCGCCCCGGUCCUGAUGGGCGUCUACCACCCACGCCUCUUCCUCAUUACUACACCCAACUACGCCUACAACGCACGCUUCUCGCCUCCUCCCGACCCGACCCGGCCUGAAGUGCGCCCCGGUGGCUACUCCGACCCCACAGGGCGCACAGAUCGUGUCUUCCGACAUGCGGAUCACAAGUUCGAGUGGACAACGCCAGAGUUUGAGGCAUAUUGCACCGGGGUCGCGCAGGACUGGGGCUACGAAGUUGCAGAGAUGAGCGCGGUCGGCCGGGCGAUGGAGGAGGACCCAUGGGGUCGGGAGAACGAGUUGGGCUCCGCGAGCUUCGUCUGCUGCUUCCGCCGGAAAGACCUGCCAGCAGACGAGCGCCAAGAGCUCGCUGACAAGGCGCGCCGGAUGGUCGACGAACUCGCUUCCAAGCAAGUCUCGAUCGGCACCAAGCACGAGUUGCUAGACGAUGUCAUCCACCAGGCAGACGACGCAGCUCGCUGCCCAGCCUCGCUCGACGCUAUCGCGGACAGAGUAACGACCGCGAUGCGCGACAUGGGCACGCGCUACGUGCGGCUUGAAGAGCUCUGGUUCAACCGGGCGAUCAGUCGCAUCUGCGGCGGCUGGCUCGAGAUGCUCGUCUGGGCCGUAGAGCGCUCGCCCGACCUCGAGCUGCGCCGGCGCGAGAUCAACACGCACGACGCGGACGAGGUCGGCCGGUCGUACUGGCACAUCGAGUUCACCGGCCUCUUCUCAGAGCCGCCGACGCCGGUGUGGGAUGGCGGGUUCGGGGAGGGGGAGGAAGGGGACGACGAGGACGAGGACAGAAGCGUGGAUCUGAUUCCUCCGGACUGGGAGCCGAGCGAGAGCGAGGCGUGGUCGAGCAGCACGGAGGGGGUGGAGGGCGACGUGUCGGAGGCGGGGCCGUCGAACUUCGUGCGCGGUCCCGGGACGAGGAAGCGGGGCUUCAUCGUCGGGUCCGAGCACAGCGGGAGUGGGUGGAGUAGCGAGGAUGUGGAACAUAGCCCUACGAAGGGGUGGGGAGAGCAUGGUGGGUGGGACGUGCAUGGUGAUGGGCAUGGAAGGCAUGAUGAUGCGGAUGGGGAGGACGACGAGGGCGAGGACUGGGGCGACUCGGAGGACAAUAGCGGAUGGGGUGGAGGGUGGGGUUGGGAUGUGGAACCGGAGGGGAAGGGGAAGGCGCGUGCGUAUCCUGUAGGACAUCUUCCGUUGGACAGCAGCGCUAGCUCGGCCGCGGGGUGGGAUGGGGAUCAGAGCGAUGGGUCGGAUACGAGUUGA